CGGGCUCUUUCAUGGGACCCCACCAACGCCUGCAUCAAGCAAUCACCAUCCAGCUUCAACUCACGCACGCCCGUCUAAUUUGCCUAGCACCAUGGAUCCCACAGUCAGCGUCGCUAUCGUCGAACAGCCGCCCAGCUAAAUAAACCUCAGAGAUGAAUGUUGUUUGUUGGCUUGGUCAUUUAUACAGUACCGUCGCAUGCUAUCCAUUCACAGGGGUCACGAUUGCUUCUUCCACGAUGAACUACUAGAUUCUGGAUAUAAUUACUCCUGCAACCAUCAUUGAGCCCAUGAUUCCGGCUUGUUCGUCGUGCAAUGAUUGUCUGCCUCUGCAACACUAUCCUGCUUGAGAAAUCAUCUCGUAAUUCCUAGUAGAAUGCCGGGUCUGGCGCGGAAGUUCCUCAUCUGUGCCACCGUUGACGGCCUUAUAAUCCAACCACUUGCUACCAAAGGGCAGACCCGUACCCCAGCACAUCCCAUCAAAGUUAAGUAUGGAGAUGCGACCAUAUCCCCAGUGCCGCGAGAUCAAGCUAUAACACUGGACCCCAAGCUUGCCAAGUCUUCCUUUGAGGCCUUCGGUAUUAUAGGACUAUUCACAGUCGCUCGCCUCAGCUACCUCAUCGCCAUCACUGGCCGGGAACAGGUUGCUCAGAUCCGUGGUUAUCCUGUUUAUGUCGUCACCGACGUUGCUGUAACACCAUGUACCACCCAGAAUGAGGCCGAAGCUGCAAUAAGCCACACAGCUCUCAAAAUCCGCCGCAAUUCCACUGAGAAGUCUGGGGAGGAAACCUUGGAUGCCGAGAGCGACGCUGAGGGAUCACCCUCUGCGACAGGAGCAGAGGACGCUGAGGACCCCGAUGCACAGAGUGAUCACGAAGCGUCUCCUCCAAAUGAGUUGGGAGAGCAGCGGGGAAUUGCCCAAGAUGUAUUCAAGAAGAGUGGGAGCUAUGGUCGUUUCGCCCAGAGAUGGUUCGGAAGUAAAGGCUGGAUGGCUAAUCGUCGACGAAGUGUUGGGCUAAGUGGUGCCGGGGCAGCAACUAUGAUUGAAAGUGAGGAUGCAGUCGGUCAGAUUCAAAAGGACAACGAUGAUAAAGGACUAAGCAAAGCAGUUUCGCAAGAGAAAGCUGACGCGCCAUCUGACCCGACAGCCGGUGAGAGUCUUGUUCCCAAACUCUUACGCAUGGCGCAUAUAUGGUUUGGAAGCUCAAGAGGCUUUUUCUUCUCAUACGAUCUAGAUCUUACGAGAAGCAUUGCUAGUCGGACCGCCACCGUCUCCAAUAUUCCACUUCAUAGAUUAGCAGAUCCUAUGUUCUUUUGGAACAGAAGCCUGCUCAAACCCUUCAUGGCUCUGGGUGACGAGUCACUCCUCUUACCUGUAAUGCAAGGUUUUGUUGGCCAGCGAUCUUUUGUACUUGAUCGGAAUCCGCCUCAGGUUGAUUCCCAGUUGGAUUCGAUGGAAAUGAAUGAUAUGUCAGGGUCUGUGUCUGGAUCACCACCUCAAGAGCGAGCAUCCGUUGACCUCAAGCCAUCCGAGAAAAGAUAUUUCAUCACCAUUAUCUCACGUCGGUCUGUCCAGCGAGCAGGUCUACGAUACCUACGCAGGGGCAUUGACGAGGAAGGCUUUACAGCUAAUUCGGUUGAGACAGAACAACUGCUUUCCACCCCUUCAUGGGGGGCUUCAUCCAAAGUUUACUCUUUCGUACAAGUCCGAGGGAGCAUACCUCUGUUCUUCACCCAGUCACCUUACUCCUUCAAGCCCAUACCAGUUCUCCAGCAUUCGCCAGAGGCCAAUUUCCGUGCCUUUUCCAGACACUUUAAUCGAAUGGGGGAAAAAUACAGCGCCAUACAGCUCAUAAACCUGGUUGAACGCCAUGGCCCUGAAGCUAUUGUUGGCAGCGAGUAUCAAAAGAAUGCGGAGAGAUACAAUCAAGAAAAUUCAGAUAUGGGUCGGUCUUUAGCAUUCGAAUGGUUCGAUUUCCAUACUGCCUGCCGAGGAAUGAAAUUUGAAAACGUGAGCCAACUACUGGACACGUUGGGAACAAAAAUAGAAAAAUUUGGGAGCACUGUGGAGUUAGAUGGCCAGGUGGUUGAGAAACAAAGUGGUGUUCUACGAACGAAUUGUAUGGACUGCCUAGACCGUACGAAUGUCUGCCAAAGUUCAUUUGGGAAAUUGAUGCUUGACUUGCAGCUCAAGGAGGAAGGAUUUGAUAUGUCUGGUCAGAUUGAUCAACAGAAUUCUUGGUUCAAUACAUUAUGGGCCGACAAUGGUGAUGCUAUUUCAAAACAAUAUGCCUCAACGGCUGCGAUGAAAGGUGAUUACACUAGAACGAGAAAGAGAGAUUAUAGAGGCAUGGUCAAUGAUCUUGGUCUCUCUGUCACCAGAUUUUACAACGGGAUGGUGAACGAUCAUUUUAGCCAAGCGGCCAUCGACUUCUUCUUAGGCAACGUUACCUCGUUAGUAUUUGAUGAAUUCGAAGCGAACAUGAUGACGAAAGACCCCGGAGUAUCGAUGUCGAAAAUGCGCGAUCUGGCCAUCGAAACCUCCCAAAAGAUUGCCAUCGAAGAUGAGAAGGAAGACUUCAUAGGUGGUUGGACACUCCUAAGCCCAUUCGUAUCUGACACGAUCAAGACCUUUCCAUUCGAAGAAGUCGUCCUACUACUCACGGAUGUGGCGUUGUAUCUCUGCAGAUUCGACUGGAAACUGGACAAAGUGUCCUCUUUCGAGCGGGUAGAGUUAGCACACGUCGCAGGGAUCACAGUCGGCACGUACAUCACUUCAACGAUUUCCCCCGCCGAAGCGGACGAGGCAAAGAACGUCGGCAUCGUCGUCACGUACGAGCCCGGCAAGACGGACAUCAAGCGGACCAACACGCGGUCGUUGUCCAGCUUACCUAGAUCCGGCCAAGCUACAUCUUCUUCCAGCGUUCUCAACCAAGGGAUCCUCGGCUCAAUCACAGGGAAACAAGAGACCUCGGGACGAAAGAAGAAAAUCGCACUGAAAGCCCUCUACGCGCACACCGCUAUCUCCGAAGCCCAGGGCGUCAAACGCAUGACGGAGACCGAGCAAGUCAAUGUCAUCGCUGCCGAGAUCGAACGGCUUGUCGCAGCUUGUCAGCCGCCUCCUCCCGAUACUAAGAAAGCAGCAGAGGCCGGGACAUCUGAAGAUGGAAGGACUGGGUUGAUACGCAGAGAGGAUAUCAUAUCCCUUGAAGAGGCGAAACGGACUACGGGACUGUUCGAGCAAUUGGGCCAUACUAUUAAGAAGUUGGUCUGGGCUUGAAGCUCGGUAGUCGGAUGAUGGUUGUUGCUGUGGGGUUGUAAAUUGGAGAUGGGAUGGAAAAGAGUAUGCUUUAGAGUAUAUAUGUGAGUAAAAGUAGAGUUUUGGUUUUAGACUUAAUAGUAUUUAUUAUUCUAUGCGAACACUGAUAGCGCGUCUGAGCAUUGGACAUUCGAAAUGUGCUGAGAAUUGCAUGGUAUUGGGUGCAUAGCUCAUAAGUAGUUCUCCUUUUUCAAGCAUGUCGAGUUUGUUAGAUUCGAGCAUGAAAAGCUGGCAAGAGUGUUCCGAAG